CAUAUUGGUCUUUUAAGCUCAAGCGAUUCAUUCAAGGAAGAGUGUGCAUGCGCUAAAUCAGAUAUAUAGCCCCUUGCUAGAUUUUUUGCACAGCUAUGUCCACGAGUGACUUCUAUCUGAGGUACUAUGUGGGCCAUAAAGGGAAAUUUGGCCACGAAUUUCUUGAAUUUGAGUUCAGACCAGACGGCAAGCUGAGAUAUGCAAACAACAGUAACUACAAGAACGACGUGAUGAUCAGAAAAGAGGCUUAUGUUCAUAAGAGCGUGAUGGAAGAGUUGAAGAGGAUCAUUGAUGACAGUGAGAUUACAAAAGAAGACGAUGCUUUGUGGCCUCCUCCAGACAGGGUUGGGCGACAGGAACUCGAGAUUGUCAUUGGUGACGAACACAUCUCAUUCACAACUUCCAAAAUCGGAUCUUUAAUUGAUGUCAACCAGUCCAAGGACCCAGAAGGGCUCAGAGUCUUCUACUAUCUAGUCCAGGAUCUUAAGUGCCUUGUAUUCAGUCUCAUUGGCCUUCACUUCAAAAUCAAGCCCAUCUAACUUCCCAGCUGCUUUUACUCUGGAUGAAAAUAAUAUUUUAGUUAUUGUUUUCCCCAUUUUCAACAUUUGUAUAUUGCUUGGUGGUUUUUCUGUCUUUCUUUUUUUUUUUUUUAAAUAAAACUUU